UUGAAUAGUGCCGUGCAUUGCAUUAUUAAAUUAGUGCAUAUUGUCAUUUCAAGGCUCGUUUUAUGCGAUUGUAUUCAUAUUCGAAAAAAUAAGCAUUCAAACCGUUCUCUGGUUGUUGAAUAGCAUAAGUGUUCAUUUCAAUGAACAAAACACCCAUCCCUGAUGUCAAACAACACCCACCUCUCAACUGCAGCCAACUUCAGCUUAGGCACACUAAAGCUAGCUGCCGCUUUAUUAUCUUCACUUCAAAUAUAAUUUUGCAAGUAACAAGUGUGUGAGCGCUAAAACAAAACAAGUAAAACAACAACCCCUACAACAGACAGUGAGAACUCAAAGUGUCUUUUAAAUACAUAAAUUACAAAACCUAAACCUAGUGCUAAAACUUAAAACUAGUGAAUAUGGCACCCAACAACAACAAUCGUAAAGGACGUUCCAACCGUUCCGACCGCAAUGGAUCUCGACCCAAAACCAACCAACGCAAAAACGAUAAGCGUCAACCAAAACGCCACUUUGGUUGCGGUAUUUGUCAAGCUGAUCACAGCUUAACAAACUGUAAAAAGUUUAAAAAGAUGAACUUGGCGGAGAAGUACAAAACCGCAGUUAAAUUGCAUUACUGCGUCAAUUGUCUGGCCAGGAAUCACCUAAUCGGAAAAUGUUCAAAUAAAUCCCGAUGCCAAAAGUGCAAGGGUAAACAUCACACCACCCUGCACGGCCCAGAUCGGAUCCUGAAAGAUUUGCCAAAGGAACAGUCUCCACCGCCCGUAGCAAAAAGGACUAUUGCUCCGAUUCCUGCGCCACGAACUAUUGUGAUGCCAAUUGUAGCAACCACUUUGCCAACGUCCCGAACCCAAACCAUUGUACCUACGGUUGUAGUUCAGGUUGUGACAGACAAAUCGAAACAACUCGUUAGAGCUGUCUUAAACCCGAGCCUAACGACCUCAAAAAUAGGCGUAGCGUUUGUGCGCGAAUCAACACUAAACCCUUUUAAAGUGGAUGAAAGUGUUUACGUGAAGGUCAUAAUAUCACCUAAUAUGGCCUCCACAAUACAAUAUGAGGUGUGCAUGCAGGUUUCAAAUGACCUGCCAAGAAACCCUUACGCUCAUGGUUUGGACCCAGCUAUAAAAGGGAAGUUCUGCCGAAUUUCUCUGGCCGACCCAGAAUUUUAUGCCAAUGCACCCUAGCCAUGGAAAUAGGUGGUGAUUUGUAUACCACCAUUU